CGUUUUCAAGAUGGCGCAUGGGAGGUUGAAAUUCGACGUCUAAACUAACGAGGUUUUUGGUUCCUUAAGCUUCAGUAUUGGUGUCAGAUAUAUGCCAAUAUAUACCAUAGCUAUCUCUGGUAAUAAGUAUGUCCAUAGAUAUUCAGAAAGCAAAGGCUGAGGCCCAUGAGAAUGCAGCGAAACACGUCGCUACGAUGCUACAAAAUCCUGACAGCUUGGACAAGGUGGAACAAUGGAGAAGAAGAGUUAUGCGAAAUAAGGCUUCUGUAGAAGCUCGUCUCAAAUCUGCUGUACAGUCUCAACUAGAAGGUGUCAGGACAGGCUUGGGUCAGCUGCAAAGUGCUGUAGAAGACAUCAAGCAAAUCAAACAAAGUAUGGCUGAAGUGGAUGACAUGUUGAAGGGAGUUUCUGAUCUGUCUGAUAAACUAGAGGUCGUCAAGGCUACGCAGUAUAAACAUACUCAGUUGUCAAAGGCCUGUGAGCAUCUGAACCAUAUAUUCAAUGUCCCAGAGAAUGUUGAAAAGACCAAAACACUGAUUGCUGGCGGGAAACUCUUGAUGGCCCACAAAAGGAAACGUUAGGAAAGCAGUUAUGGAUUGUGAUGCAGAUGUUUCUGAGUACAGUGAGAAGUGAUCCUGAUCAGCUUGUUACGGCACUCAGGAUCAUUGAAAGAGAGGAACGAGCCGAUAAAAGAGCAGAGGAAAAGCUGGCUAGUACUGGGUUUUCUGUCCCUGGACGUCCUAAAGAAUGGAAGAAAAAAUGUUUUGAUGUCCUUGAACGAGCUAUUGCAUACAGGCUGGAAAGUCUUGAAAUGCAUUUAGAAGAUCGUCUUAGUGCAAAGAUGUGGCUUGUUAAACAUCUGGAAAGAUCAAGAAAACAAGUGCUGGAAGACCUGAUAAUAGUCAAGAGCCUUUGUCAGCCAUGUUUUCCUCCAAACUAUGACAUAUUUGACAAAUGUGUUAGAAUGUAUCACAAGGCAUUGUCUGCCAUGUUAGAGAAAACAGUUACUGAACAGCGUCUUGACUCCAAUGAAUGCGUCAGCCUACUUACCUGGAUCAGUGAAUAUGGGGGUAUAGAUCUUAUGAUGCAUCCAGAGCUCCAAGUAGAUGUAGCCUGUCUUGAUCCUCUUCUUUCAAAAUCUGUCUACAAGAAUUUAGUGGAAACAUACAUAACGACAACUUCCAACAAUAUCAAAGAUUGGAUGGGAAAAAUAAUUGAGACUGAUCGCAAGGAUUGGCACAACAGUUCUCUACCAGAAGCAGAUGGUGAAGGGUUCUACAACACUUCUCUUCCAAUAUUUCUCUUUCAAAUGGUGGAUCAAAAUCUUCAAGUUGCAGCUCAAACAGGAGAGGAACUCAAACUGAAGAUUUUUGAUAUUUGCAUUGAAGAAAUGCAAGACUUCCAAAGGGGUUACAGGACGGCUAUUCGUGAGUUCAAGUCAAAGCAUYUUGAAGACCGAAGUCUACCUCCAAGAUUCAUUGAAUACAUGAUCGCUAUCGUCAAUAACUGCAUGUCGUCAAUAAAAUUUACUGAGCAACUCAAGGACAGAACUCUAGCAGAAGUUGGUAAACCCACUUUUGGAGAGGACAGACUGCAAAUAUUCAAGAGUAUUGUAGACUGUUACAACAGCAUUGGCCAGGAUGGUUGCCGUUUUCUGUUGGAGGAAGUCUUUCUUGAUCUGGAACCUUUCUUUGCUCAGAUUAUGACUCCUAAUUGGUAGAAAACCAGUGUUCAGUGCUGCCUGCUCUUGCUGAAGUCAUUAAACUACAGGACACCUCCAUGAUGGCUUUAGAGAUUUCUGGUCUUGCGGCAAAGUACCCAGACUUGAGGUCUGACCAUGCAAUGGCUUUGCUGCUUAUGAGAGGAGAUGUAUGGAGGAAUGAUGCCAAAGAGAUCAUCAUGGAGACAUCACUAGCAGACAGUAAAAGGGAAAAUCAAGAAGGUGUUGAUAAAGGAUUCUUUGAUCAGAUUAUAGUCCCACCAUCUUUACUAGACAAACUGGAAACUGCUAUGAAGUCUAAACUAAGUAAAAAUAAUUGAUAAGCAGUAAUUAAAGAAAUAGUACGACUAUAUUAUUCAGGGUUCGUACAGAUUCCUCAGUGAAAAUUUACAAAAUUUUUCCAAAAGUUUCUCCAAAACAUCAGCAUUUUUAAUUAAUACAACGAAAAGAGUUCUUUGCAAGGUAGGACCUGGGCAACCAACAGAAAAAARUCAUAACUUUUCCAUAGCCCAAUGGUCGAAAAAGAAGUUUUCAAAAGUUUUCCAUGUCCUGGAAAAAUGCAUUAUUGAUUUCUAAAACUUUCCAAGACUUUUCCUAGACCUUUCCUAGACCUGUAUGAACCCUGAUUAUUGGUGAAUGAAAAUUUUUCAAAGACUGUUUCUGAAUACUCCAUUAAUUCUUAGUUUCAUUCAGUGAAAAUAAAUGUGUAGUUCCAGAAAUCAUCCAUACCCACCCCACAGAGGAAUUUGGAAUUUCCAAAGAGUAGGGGGGGUCAGAGAAAGAACAAAAUUACWGAGUUUGUAUGGAAGAAAAUUGGAAU